AUGUCUGCUGUCUUUUGCUGCUCGUCUAUAAGUCCGUAUCGCCCACGGCAGCUUGACCACGAGGCUAAGUUUAGGACAUUUACGAGUUGGGCUCGCCUCCAAACAACCUCUAUCGACCCGGCUGACGGCUCGCUUGUCAGCACCGCAUUAUACGCAGUUCAACUUGUGAAGCAGAUUAACUAUGGACCGCAGGAGUCGAUUAGAUACUUCAUUCCAGCGAGCAAUGGCUCUGAUUUUGCUGAGGCCGCAGAGAACGACCUCCUCACAUCGAAUUUCGAAAAGAUGAACUCAUAUAAGAACUUCAGGUGCCAAAAGCACAACAAAUUUUUUGAGAUCAACCUCUAUCAGAAGAACCCUACCAAUACGCAUCAUUGGCGUAUCAACCUCGCACGACCGUCAAGAGAUAUCGACCUAGCAUUUCGACGAAAGGAUACUGAAGUGGAGUCAAGUAAAAAUGUAGAGGAAUCAGAGGGACGGGAGGAGAAGCAGGAUCUUCUAUCCUCUGGCAUAAAAGGCAAAACUUCAUUUCCGGAGCUGCGCGUCUCACUCUCGCAAGCUCUCCAGGAAACGGACGAGGCAGUACUACACAAGAUUCAAUCUGCGGAUCAGCCAGAUAUCGCGACUCUGAAGAGAGUCCUUAGAUUCUUACUCCCCAUGGUCGGGACAAGCCUUGGUCCAAACAGGCUCUUAACCCUGCUAUCUCUGAAUUGGGCCAACGCAGAACUAAAACUUGGCCUUGAUUUCGAAAGUCUUUGGAAGGCUGAAUUAACCAGCACAAACAUCAUCAUGUUUUUCACCGAGUGUCUGACAUCAUGUGCUACGUCUCCCGACUUCGAAAUUGAUCUUGCAGAGGUUGAGGGUUUAGUAGUCCCCGCUAUGCGCUACGUUGAGUUGCGCAAUCGACAGCACCUGGCGGGGCAAGUCAGGUUCCAUGAGAUUGUCAACAGGGUACUUGAAUCUGGUUCUACGUUGGAUUGGGUUUCUAUGUAUGGAAACAGCAUUACGCGUUUGUUUGCGUCUGGCCCUAGUGAACUCCUCGACCACUACCAGCGCAGAAAUGACUGCCUUCAAUACGAUCCAAGCAAUCGACAAGCUGAGGAGGCCCAUGAUACCCAAAGCAAGAAGGUAUUAGUGACGCCGGAAUUGUCGAUAUGCAGUACUAUCGCUGAUUGGUUGUAA